UUUAUUCCCAAUUAUUGGCCGACCAAUUGUAUCAAAAAGAAGUGGGAAGGGUAAGAUUGUUGAAUUGGAAAAUAGUAUUAUGGACCAAGCUCGACGAUAUGUCUUAUUCAACUGUGAGGAUAACUGUCCAGAAAUAUCAGCAUAUCUCAAAGAGUACGAGCAACCACCAUUCAAGAAGCGCAAGGGUGGAACCAGGUGGAUAAAAGAGAGAACCCAAUCACAA